CUCCAUCAUAAGCGAAGCCGAACCAUCUCAUUCGCUGCUUCGAACAACCCGCUGGCUUCCACUGCAUCUACGGCUUUUCAUAUAUUUCAAGUUUUAAGCUGUCUUGUAUAAUCUAGGAACCAUUUUGCUUGGAUUAUAAAGCGCAUCGCCAACCGAUAUGCUCCCAACAUGGCAGCCUUAGCGCCCGCAUUGCCGCUGACACCAGCAUCUUCAACCACAUCUCUGCCGUAUCAUCUCACCAUCCGCUUCUCCAACUCGCUACCAGACCUGGACCUAGACAUCCCAUCUCCACAGACUACAACUGUCCUCUCUCUCAAGAACCUGAUAAGAGAACGUCUCGCCUCGCGGAAUCGCCUUCGCUUCAUCCAUCAGGGCCGCCUCCUUCCAGAUGCUUCAGCCCUCGGUUCUGUCAUCAAACCGCCUCCUCCACCGCCAUCAUCAUCAGUAUCACAUCACAACGACUCAAAGAGCUCGUAUAAAGGAAAGGGUAAAGCCACGGAUCAUGGCCUGGCCCCCGUGAGGAUAUACGUCAAUUGCUCCAUCGGCGAUGAGCUAUCCCCUGAAGAACUCGCCGAGGAGCAAGCUGCUGCUGCCAAGCCCCCGGAUGAAUCAAGUACGGCCUCGUCUCAGCAAGCCGGGCAUCCCUCAUCAUGGACGCGCCCUCGUCCGCGAGGCUUCGAUCGUCUCCUCCAGACAGGCUUCACACAGUCGGAAAUCGAGACGUUGCGCACGCAGUUUGCUCUGAUCCGCACAGAGGGCUUCGCACCAGACGCUAUGCCCUCGCCAGACACGUUGCGCAACAUGGAAGACGCAUGGAUCGACAACAACGCUGGAGGACUCCCGUCUGCGAAUGCUUCCACAGAAGAUGAUUUGAACGGCAUGUCUAAUGUGCUUGACGUCAUGAUCCGCGCCAUGUUGAUAGGCUUUUUCUUUCCGCUGGGGAGCCUGGCAUGGCUGCUUCGCUCGAAUGUAUGGAGCGAGAAAUGGCAGGUUUUUGUAGGUUCUGGAGUUGCACUUAGUUUAACGGUUGGAAUUGUCAUGAGCCUUUCUACUAUGAAUCACUGAUUGUGUAAAAUCUGGAGCAGCGUUUUACUUUAUCUUUUGGUUUUAUGAGCGCGUCUUUUGGAAAUGGAAAUUUACAGUCAUCAUGAUGACCACUUUUUGACCUUUUAUGCUAUUUGACACAGUUUUUUAACCCCCACCCAGUCUCGUUAUUCCUGACCUGCCUCGGCUCAUUCAUCCGCAGCUUAGUUGUAUCUUAUUGCGCCACCUAGAGCUACUAUGUAAUGCUCUAGUGACUUGUA